GUGACAGUGCUGGGGGAGUCCGAAGAUGGCGGCGUCGCGUCGCUCUCAGCAUCAUCACCACCAUCAUCAACAACAGCUCCAGCCCGCCCCAGGGGCUUCGGCGCCGCCGCCGCCACCUCCCCCCCCACUCAGCCCUGGCCUGGCCUCGGGGACCACCCCAGCCUCCCCAACGGCGGGUGGCCUGGCCCCCUUCGCCUCCCCGCGGCACGGCCUAGCGCUGCCGGAGGGGGAUGGCAGUCGGGAUCCGCCCGACAGGCCUCGAUCCCCGGAGCCGGUUGACAGUACCAGCUGUUGCAGUACCACCAGCACAGUCUGUACGGCUGCCGCCGCCCCCGUGGCCCCGGCAGUUUCCGCUUCAUCUUCCGUCGGGGUCGCUUCCAACCCAGCCGGCGGUGGCAGUAACAAUUCACCGUCGUCCUCGUCUUCCCCGACUUCUUCCUCAUCUUCCUCUCCAUCCUCCCCUGGAUCGAGCUUGGCGGAGAGCCCCGAGGCGGCAGGAGUUAGCACCACAGCAACAUUGGGGCCUGGGGCAGCGGGACCUGGGCCCGGGGUCCCAGCAGUAAGCGGGGCCUUACGGGAACUGUUGGAGGCCUGUCGCAAUGGGGACGUGUCCCGGGUAAAGAGGCUGGUGGACGCGGCAAACGUGAAUGCUAAGGACAUGGCCGGCCGGAAGUCUUCUCCCCUGCACUUCGCUGCAGGUUUUGGAAGGAAGGAUGUGGUAGAACACUUACUACAGAUGGGUGCUAAUGUCCAUGCUCGUGAUGAUGGCGGUCUCAUCCCGCUUCAUAAUGCCUGUUCUUUUGGCCAUGCCGAGGUCGUGAGUCUGUUACUGUGUCAAGGAGCCGAUCCAAAUGCCAGGGAUAACUGGAACUACACGCCUCUGCACGAAGCUGCUAUUAAAGGGAAAAUUGACGUAUGUAUUGUGCUGCUGCAGCACGGAGCCGAUCCAAACAUUCGGAACACGGAUGGGAAGUCAGCCCUGGACCUGGCCGACUCGUCAGCCAAAGCUGUCCUUACAGGUGAAUACAAGAAAGACGAACUCCUAGAAGCUGCUAGGAGUGGUAAUGAAGAAAAACUAAUGGCUUUACUGACUCCUCUAAAUGUGAAUUGCCACGCAAGUGAUGGGCGAAAGUCUACACCUCUACAUCUAGCGGCAGGCUACAACAGAGUGAGGAUAGUACAGCUUCUUCUCCAGCAUGGUGCUGAUGUUCACGCAAAAGACAAAGGUGGACUUGUGCCUCUUCAUAAUGCAUGUUCAUAUGGACAUUAUGAAGUCACAGAACUGCUACUAAAGCACGGAGCUUGCGUCAACGCGAUGGACCUCUGGCAAUUCACUCCACUCCAUGAGGCUGCUUCCAAGAACCGCGUGGAAGUCUGCUCUCUGUUGCUUAGCCAUGGCGCUGAUCCUACGCUGGUCAAUUGCCAUGGCAAAAGUGCUGUGGAUAUGGCUCCGACUCCUGAGCUGCGGGAGAGGUUGACUUAUGAAUUUAAAGGUCAUUCUUUACUACAAGCAGCCAGAGAAGCAGACCUAGCCAAAGUUAAAAAAACACUUGCUUUGGAAAUCAUUAAUUUCAAACAACCACAGUCUCACGAAACUGCCCUGCACUGUGCUGUGGCCUCCCUGCAUCCCAAACGAAAACAAGUGACAGAACUAUUACUUAGAAAAGGAGCAAAUGUUAAUGAAAAAAAUAAAGAUUUCAUGACUCCCUUGCAUGUUGCCGCAGAAAGAGCUCACAAUGAUGUCAUGGAAGUUCUACACAAGCAUGGAGCAAAGAUGAACGCACUGGACACCCUCGGUCAGACUGCUCUGCACAGAGCUGCCCUCGCAGGCCACCUGCAGACCUGCCGCCUCCUGCUGAGUUACGGCUCCGAUCCCUCCAUCAUCUCCUUACAAGGCUUUACGGCAGCACAGAUGGGGAACGAAGCCGUGCAGCAGAUUCUGAGCGAAAGUACACCUAUACGAACUUCUGACGUUGACUAUCGACUUUUAGAGGCAUCUAAAGCUGGAGACUUGGAAACUGUGAAGCAACUUUGCAGCCCUCAAAAUGUGAAUUGCAGAGAUUUGGAGGGUCGGCAUUCUACACCUCUGCACUUCGCAGCAGGCUACAAUCGUGUGUCUGUUGUGGAAUACCUCCUACACCACGGGGCCGAUGUCCACGCCAAAGACAAAGGUGGCUUGGUGCCCCUUCAUAAUGCUUGUUCAUAUGGACACUAUGAGGUAGCUGAGCUUUUAGUAAGGCACGGGGCCUCUGUCAAUGUGGCGGACUUAUGGAAAUUUACCCCUCUGCAUGAAGCAGCCGCUAAAGGAAAAUAUGAAAUCUGCAAGCUCCUUUUAAAACAUGGAGCAGACCCAACCAAAAAGAACAGAGAUGGAAACACACCAUUAGAUUUGGUAAAAGAGGGAGACACGGACAUCCAGGACUUGCUACGGGGAGAUGCCGCCUUGCUGGACGCGGCUAAGAAAGGCUGCCUGGCAAGGGUGCAGAAGCUCUGCACGCCGGAGAACAUCAACUGCAGGGACACCCAGGGCAGGAACUCGACCCCUCUGCACCUGGCAGCAGGCUACAAUAACCUGGAAGUGGCUGAGUAUCUUCUGGAGCACGGAGCAGAUGUUAAUGCCCAGGACAAAGGCGGUUUAAUUCCUCUUCAUAAUGCAGCAUCCUAUGGGCAUGUGGACAUAGCAGCAUUGUUGAUAAAAUACAACACGUGUGUAAAUGCAACAGAUAAGUGGGCGUUUACUCCUCUCCAUGAAGCAGCCCAGAAAGGAAGGACACAGCUCUGUGCCCUACUCCUAGCACACGGUGCAGAUCCAACUAUGAAGAACCAGGAAGGUCAGACACCUUUAGAUCUGGCAACGGCUGACGACAUCAGAGCUUUGCUGAUAGAUGCCAUGCCCCCCGAGGCCUUACCCACCUGCUUUAAACCUCAGGCCACCGUAGUGAGUGCCUCGCUGAUCUCACCAGCAUCCACCCCCUCCUGCCUGUCUGCUGCCAGCAGCAUCGAUAACCUCACUGGCCCUUUAGCGGAACUGGCAGUUGGAGGAGCGUCCAACACAGGGGACGGGGCCGCGGGCGCCGAGAGGAAGGAAGGAGAAGUUGCAGGUCUUGACAUGAAUAUCAGCCAAUUCCUAAAAAGCCUUGGUCUUGAACACCUUCGGGACAUCUUUGAAACAGAACAGAUUACGCUAGAUGUACUGGCUGAUAUGGGUCAUGAGGAGUUGAAAGAAAUAGGCAUCAAUGCAUAUGGACACCGCCAUAAAUUAAUCAAAGGAGUAGAAAGACUCUUAGGUGGACAACAAGGCACCAACCCUUAUCUGACUUUUCACUGUGUUAAUCAGGGAACUAUUUUGCUGGAUCUUGCUCCAGAGGAUAAGGAAUAUCAGUCAGUAGAAGAAGAGAUGCAAAGUACAAUUCGAGAACACAGAGAUGGCGGUAAUGCUGGUGGCAUCUUCAACAGAUACAAUGUCAUUCGAAUUCAAAAGGUUGUCAACAAGAAGUUGAGGGAACGGUUCUGUCACAGACAGAAGGAAGUAUCCGAGGAGAACCACAACCAUCACAAUGAGCGCAUGCUGUUUCACGGCUCUCCUUUCAUUAAUGCCAUUAUUCAUAAAGGGUUUGAUGAGCGACACGCAUAUAUAGGAGGAAUGUUUGGUGCCGGGAUUUAUUUUGCUGAAAACUCCUCCAAAAGCAACCAGUACGUCUAUGGGAUUGGUGGAGGAACCGGCUGCCCCACACACAAAGACCGCUCGUGUUAUAUAUGUCACCGACAAAUGCUUUUCUGUAGAGUGACCCUUGGCAAAUCCUUUCUGCAAUUCAGCACCAUGAAAAUGGCUCAUGCCCCUCCGGGACAUCACUCAGUGAUCGGGAGACCGAGUGUGAAUGGGCUGGCGUAUGCCGAAUAUGUCAUCUACAGAGGCGAACAGGCCUACCCAGAGUAUCUCAUCACGUACCAGAUCAUGAAGCCAGAAGCUCCUUCGCAAACCGCCACAGCCGCAGAGCAGAAGACCUAGUGAAGGCCCCCCGGGGAAAGGCCAGAUCGGAUUUAAACUUGGGACUGGAUUACAGUGGAUUGUUUCCAACAAAAUCAAUACUCCGUAAAUCCCUGACAGCCUAGAAAUAAGCUGUUUGUCUUUUAUAAAGCAUUGCGAUAGUGAUGAGGAUAGUAUGAGUAACUGAUACAUACUCAACUGCUACUGUUCCCUUUGAGGAAAUGUUUACAGGGGCGGCCUUUUGACAUAUCUCAGGCUCAUUUGCAUUGCAAUUGUCCAUUUCUCAAACAAGAUUGCCUUGAUCUGGUCUUGGAAAUGGAAAAAAAAACAUAACAUGUACUUCCCCAAAUUUCACAAUAUACACACUACGUUUGCUUUGUUAUAUAUGGCACGUGUAUGUAACAAAUACAUAUGUCAGGCUCAUUUUAAAUGUUUUCUAAACAUGCAUCAUUCUUUUUCUUUUCCCUUUUGUUUUUUUUUUUUUUUUUUGGUGUGUGCGUGUGUUUUUGUUUACUUUGAAAAUGAGCCAGAGCCUUCUCGAGGAUAUUUUGCACAAAGUCACACUGACUAAAAUCAUUAGCAACGCAACACAAGCUUCUGGCUGAGCGAGACUUAGUUUCCCCUUUUUUUUUUCACUUUGAUCUAUUUCCUAUCUGUACUUCUUACCAUUGUGAAUCGGGUUGGGAAGGAAAAACAUCAGGUUUUAGUGUCCUCUUAUAGGGGAAAGGCACAAAGGUCAGACUGACUUAGGAGCAUGCAGGCUCAGAGAAGGCAUGGAAGCUUCUGGUGGGCCCUGCUCUUUCCUUCUCAGCCUGCCUGGGGGGCGUUGGGAGGGAGGGUGCCUAGUGCGGAGAGCGAGGAGAGUGCAGCCAGGGAAAGGGCAGUGCGUGGGGGCCCCCACUGACACGUGGGAGGACCUUGGGGUUCCAGGAUAGGGGUUCCAGGAUAUCGCUGCAGGAAAGGAUCCCAGGGCCUCCUCAAAGAAAAAGUACUUCUCUUGCUUGACCCGGACUGCCAGAAUAGUCGCCCCCAAAAUUAGCUGCCUUAUUUCCAAAUUCAGUGGAAUUAUUAUACUUCAUUAGAGUCACAAAAAUCUUUAUGGUUUCUCCAGUCCAGAAAGCUAGGAUUCACAUCCUCCUUAGUAGAUAGAUGCGCAGGGACGGUUGCAUUUACUCCAGAUUGGGGGUUAUUUUGAGUGAGGUGCUUCCGGUAGUUUACAGAGGUCCCUACACUACAUUUUCAAACCAUUUCUUCAAACUUCUCAACAGACAAGGAGAAUACUGAAACCAAAGCUCUAUUCGGUUAUUUUUGUAAUUGCAGUGGAGAAAUACUGUACUGUUUCUGCAGGAAAUUACUACUUUGUUUUGCGUGUUUUAAUCAAUAUUUGCCUGGUGCACAUCAAUGCUCGUAAAAGAUUACCCAUUCCAGUUUUUACACUCGCCCUUUUCACCUGAACUAAAUAUCAAAUUGGCUGCAUAACUCACUUACUUUGACAUGCCGUUCAUCUGCUCAGCUUUGAAGCAAAAGUAACAUAAAUGUGAUUAGAGAAAAAAAGGAAAAACAGUGUGACACAAACUUGCCGUUUCAACUUCAAGUUCUGGAAACGAAUUUGUUUUUUUAUGCAGGCUGAUUAGGCUGUGACCUCAGUUAAUCUCCUGAAGGAAAAUAAAAUGGUUACCUGCAAAAAUUCUAGAAUAGGCUCUUAAAAUAUGCACUUAGCUUUCUUUUUGGCUUACGUCCAGCACUAGAACUAGGCAUCAGGAACUAGUUUGAGUUUUAUAGCAGAAUCUUGCAUGGGUCCUCAAAAUGAAAUCAAGAAUUAACCUCAGUCGUUGCUUCUGUUGAAGUUUUAGUGACCCUUGCUGGGUGUCCGUGUCUUGGCUACCUGUGUAAUAGCACUAGAAUUCCAUACGAAGCUUCGGAGUUUAAUAUUUGUUAAGAGGGCUUUUUUCCUCCUUUCCUUCUUUUUUUCUGUGACAACGGGUCGGAGGAAUGGCAUCCGUAUCGUUUUCAGUAGCUGUGAAAGUGGAUGACACUUGCCUCCUCACUUAGAAAUAGUUUAAAAUGGUAAAACAUGGCUGUGAUUUUUAGUUCAGUAAAAGGGUUAAUAUGGUAUAGAUACCAAAAGCUUUAUGGCUUUAUUAAAAAGAUAAGCCGCUGUUCAACUGUGGUUAUAUGUUGUUUCCAUCGUACUAACUAGAUUAAUGGAUGUGUUAAACUUCAGCCUCACACUCGAGAAGUCAAACUGUGGUUCAGUAUCUAACCUGCCGACGUUCUGUAUCCGAUGCUGCGUGUGCCGAGUAAAGGUACUUGUGUAAGGAAGACACUGCAGUGCUUGUAAUGAUUCCAGUGUAUAGUCGUUGUCGAAAGAAUGUGUAUCUAUUAUUCAUCUGCUAAGAGAAUGGGUUAGUUCAUAUUUCACAGGAGCCAAAUACAUUUUUUCAAAACUUGAAAACCAAAGGUCAUCAUGAGUGCCCACAAGUUAGUAACAGUUGAUUCCAUUUGGAACUUCCAUCCAUAGCAGCGUGAACAUCCCUUUGGAAUAUAAAAGCAUGGCAUUCACUUAGGCUGAAAUCCAUUUGCUGUCUUGCACGUGUACUCUAGAGGAGCGCUGGCACCUGGAGGACUCCAGUGUGGCCUCCCCUGAACUUGCCCUUAUGCUUUCCCAAACCGAAUGGAAGAGAGGAUCUGAACACCUCCGCCAGCCUUACUGCACUUCUAAAGGCAAAUCUUCCAGCGCGACGCUGCCGGUUUCCUGGGUAUUGCCGGCUGCGUUCUUCGCUCCUAAGUUGAGGGCCCUGGACACUCCUUGCACUUGGCCUUCUUCCCUCUUCCUCAGGUUGCUAGUCUGGAACUAUAAGUAACUCCCGUAGUUACCUUUGACCCCACUCACUUUCCUCCUUUCUUCAUCUUGAGUCUUGCAAAAGGAGACUGUACUUCUGCUUCCGUAGCACAGCCGGGUCCAGUAGGAGGCUCCCCGGGGCUUUGCUCCGGAGAUUCUGCCAGUUUGUUAACAAACGUCAGCGUGGAAGCCAGAGUUUUACUUCUAUGCAAAAUAUUAACAGUACAACCAGAAUUCUUAUUUACCUUUUCCUUCUUGCAAUUUGGAAUUUCUAGCUUUUCAGUAACAUAAGUAGAAUACGUAGUAUUGGGAGGUUUUCACGACAGCCUCCUGGUGCCCCUUGAGCUUGAUGUCAGCGGCUAGAUUAGCUUCCUUUUGCUCUCAAAAUAGCAAAGUGCAUUGACAUAGAGAAAUGCCUGAACAUGGCAAAUGAAGUAAUAGAGAUUAAUAUUCUAUUAUUAUAGUCUUUAUACAAAAACUGACACCUCGGUGUGUUCUGGAAGAGCAGCAGUGGAAGGCACUAGAUUGCCUGGGUUGUUCUUUAUGCCAGUCCAGCUGCCAAGUGCACAGGGGCCGGUGGCCAUUGCUUGCCCUCCCUUCCCUACAUGCACGCUCCCCCAACCCCUGUAAGCAGCCUGGCGAACAGAAGUGGGGUGUGUGCCCACGCACCUCGCCUCCAGUGUGGCCAGAGCCCACUCGUAUGAUCACGUGUGCUAAGCGGCCUUCUUGCCAUGUUUUCCGUCGGGCAGUUUUCUUCCUUCCACGGGGCUAUAGACUUCGGUCAUUUGGGGAACACUCCAAACCGACAUUAAGAUAGGGUCCCCCGUGUUAGAAAUUCACUUAAAGACUAAACUUAAACUUGUUCGAUGUCAAAUCAGUGACAGAAAAAGGAAAAGAAAGUAAUGGGGACGAUAACAUGUGAGCUUUGAUCGGACACAGCACGUGAAUAGGAAAUGGUUUCCUGAAAAGCCGCCCUAAAGCAUGAGGCACCUUGGGAUACCUUGUGCAUUCUGAAAUUAAUAGACAAUUAAGUGUUUCUUCUUAAGAAAGAAAAAGCCUUAACUAUGGCAGAAACUUUUUAACCUUUUAUAGUCUAAUAAAUAAGAAGUUGGAAUUCCAUUUCUUAGUGUUUGAAAGGCGUCAGUCGGGUGUGUCUCCAUGUAUGUACGUCACACCCAUAAAGCUGAUGUGAUGAGGGUACCUAUUUCACAAGUAAUGGCUCCCUUAGAUGCCAAGGAGCAGAUCUAAUCAAUCCCUCCCGAUUUCUCCAUGCUUGAAGUUCCUGGACAAGCAGAUAUUCUGGUUUAAAGAAAUGCUAGCAAGAUUUCGAAACCUAGUCAGCAUUAGGAGAGGGGAGGGGGUGGACACAGCAGCAUCUCAUGAAGUGAUACCAUGUGGUACCUGAGCGGUGCCCAAGCUGUUUUCUCCUCAUAAGCCAUGGUUAUGAGUGAAGGGCAGUAGGAAGCUCCAGAUUUUAUGCCCCAGGAGACCAAACCCGCUCACAGUGUGACCAGUUUUCUACAUCUGCCAGAGGUCCCGCCCCCUUUGAAAUAACAUUCACGCCGCACAGGUGACUGCAUUUGGACUCUUCCUUCAUUCAGGUUUUCUUUUCUGCUUUAUGCUGUCGCUCACCUGACCACUCUUCUUUUCAAACAGAUUUCUUGUGCUCCACAAUUCAGAUCGUUUUGCUACUUUUACAUCUCUCUGUGCAUUUCCGCAGGCAGCCCUGAAAGCCCUUUGUUGAUUGAGAGUGUUUGCAGAGAAACGCAGGAAAACUCUGGUAGCGGGGUAUCUCUCACACUCCCAUGCCCACCCCACCCCCAAGGUUCAGGAUGAGGAGCUAGAAAACAGCAGUAGGAACAGAACCAAAAUCUUUGAGAUUAAUAGCCUCAACCUAGAAGGUGACCUUGACCCUAUAACCAUUGUAUUCAUCACACAAAAUAUUUAAGCUCUUCAUGUGCAUACAAUACCUGCUUCUGCUUCCAUUGUUUCAGGAUCAGCUGUCUUAGUUGUAGUAGUAUUUGUCUUUGAUAGCUGCACACUCUAAAGGUACUUUUAUCAGUGAGGUUUCUCAAAAACAUUUACAAAACCAGCUUUGAGGAAAUCUAAGAGUGUUUCCCGGCAACAGCAUUUGGAGUAGUGAUCGUACGAUCCCAUUGUGACCUUGGUCUGUGUGCGUUACCAUCGUAGUGACUCCUUGGCUCAUUAUCGGUGUUGUUUUUAUUUUUAGUCUCUCUGUGACCCACCAGUGGCAGGGGGGUUCCAGUCCCCUCGCUUUGCUUUUUUGCAUUCGUCCAUGUGUAGGAUUGCCAGGUGAAACACAAGGCACCCAGUUACAUUUGAAUUUUAGAUAAAUAAUUUUGUAGUUUAAAUAUGUUUCAUGCACUAUUUGGCACAUAUAUAUAUAUGAUGAUAAAUAAAAAAUGUUUCUCAUUAUCUGAAAUUCAAGAAUCCUGGCUUUUCGCUUUGUUUUAUUUUGUUUUACUGAAUCUGGCAACCCUAUCAACUGGGUCCUGGGAAAUCGCUUACAGCAUGUAAAUUCUUCUAGUCUUUACUGUCUUUCACGUGGAACAGAAGACCUUUUUUCCUCGCCUUCUACUUUCCAAAUGAGGGCAUCAAGGAACGUCACCUGCCUGCAUGGUGGGUUUCUAUUUAAGACAUCUUUAUGAUUAUAUUUAACCUGUAACUGUGCUUUGGCUAAAUGUCUAACAGUACUUGUAACUGUUUAAUAUUCAAUAAAAACAUUUUUAAAAUA